ACAGAUGAGGAGGCAGUCGUGGACCGCGGCGGAACCCGAUCCAUGCUGAACACCAACUUUGAGAAGGAAGAACUAGAAGGUCAUCGUACUCUCUACAUUGGGGUACAUGUUCCUCUGGGUCGAAGAUCACAUCGCCGCCACCGCCACCAUGGUCACAGACAUAGGAAGCGGUCCAAAGAGAGGGACUCCACAGCAGAUGAUGGACGGGAAUCCCCAUCACACACAAACACACCAGCUCAGAGGGUGCAGUUUCUGUUGGGAACAGAGGAUGGCGAUGAGGAGCACAUCCCACAUGCCUUGUUCACAGAGCUAGAUGAAAUCUGCCUCAGGGAAGGCGAAGAUGCCGAAUGGAAGGAGACAGCCAGGUGGCUAAAGUUUGAGGAGGACGUUGAGGAUGGCGGCGAGCGAUGGAGUAAGCCCUACGUGGCCACAUUGUCUUUACAUAGUCUGUUUGAGCUCCGCAGCUGCAUAAUGAAUGGCACUGUGAUGCUGGACAUGAGAGCAAAUUCACUGGAGGAGAUUUCAGAUAUGGUCCUGGAUCAGCAUGAGGUGUCCGGCCCCUUGGGUCAGGAUGCCAGGAGGAGGAUCCGUGAGGCCCUGCUCAAACAGCAUCACCACCAAAACCACAAGAAGCUUGCCAAUCGCAUUCCAAUUGUUCGAUCAUUUGCUGACAUCGGGAAAAAGCAAUCAGAGCCGCAUUCCAUGGAUAAGAAUGGCCAAACAGUUUCAUCCCAGGCACAGUCAGCCACCACUGAGGCCAAACAGGAUGUCAGCAGAGAAAACAGUGCUGUCGACUUUAGCAAGAUUGAUCUUCACUUUAUGAAAAAGAUUCCGCCUGGAGCUGAGGCCUCCAAUAUCCUGGUUGGAGAGUUGGAGUUUCUGGAGCGUCCUGUGGUGGCCUUCGUCCGCCUGGCACCUGCUGUGCUUCUGAGUGGUCUGGCUGAGGUUCCCAUAACCACCAGGUUUCUCUUCAUUCUGCUUGGGCCUCUAGGGAAAGGUCCACAGUACCAUGAAAUUGGACGUUCUAUUGCAACCCUGAUGACUGAUGAGGUUUUCCAUGAUGUGGCAUAUAAAGCCAAAGACAGAAAUGACCUCGUGGCUGGUAUCGAUGAGUUCUUGGACCAAGUUACAGUGUUACCCCCUGGAGAAUGGGAUCCCUCCAUCAGAAUAGAACCCCCUAAAAAUGUGCCCUCUCAGGAAAAGCGGAAGAUUCCUCCUCUUCCAAAUGGAGUUACAGAUCUUGUUGAGACAGGGGAACAUGGAGGCCAUGGUGGCCCUGAGCUUCAACGGACUGGAAAGCUGUUUGGCGGUUUCAUCUUAGACAUCAAGAGAAAGGCCCCUCACUAUCUUUCUGAUUACACCGAUGCCAUUAGCCUCCAGUGUCUGGCCUCCUUCCUCUUCCUUUACUGUGCUUGCAUGUCACCUGUGAUCACCUUUGGAGGUCUUUUGGGUGAGGCUACUGAAGGGCGUGUGAGUGCUAUCGAGUCCUUGUUUGGGGCUUCCAUGACUGGAAUUGCGUACUCGCUUUUUGCUGGGCAGCCACUUACAAUUCUUGGCAGCACCGGUCCUGUUCUUGUGUUUGAGAAGAUCCUGUUCAAGUUCUGCAAAGAGUAUGGCCUCUCCUACCUCUCCCUGAGGGCCUGCAUAGGCCUUUGGACGUCAUUUUUCUGUCUCCUGCUUGUGGCCACAGACGCUAGCUCGCUGGUUUGUUAUAUCACUCGGUUCACAGAGGAAGCCUUUGCUGCCCUUAUCUGCAUCAUCUUCAUCUACGAGGCCCUGGAGAAACUAGUUCACUUGGGCGUGCACUACCCCAUCAAUAAAAACAACAACCUGCAGAAACUAACACAGUAUUCGUGCAUUUGUAUGGAGCCCAGGAAUCCUAGCAAUGGGACUCUACUUUUCUGGGAGGAGAGGAACAUCACAGUCUCUGAGGUCAACUGGACGAUGUUGGAAGUAAAGGAGUGCGAAGAGCUCCACGGAGAGUUCAAGGGCAGCGCCUGUGGCCCCCACGGCCCUUACAUUCCUGAUGUCCUAUUCUGGUGUGUGGUCCUCUUCUUCUCUACCGUCUUUAUGUCUGCAUUCCUCAAAGAGUUCAAGACAAGGCGUUACUUUCCUACCAAGGUGCGGGCCAUCAUAAGUGAUUUCGCAGUCUUCAUUACCAUCCUCACUAUGGUUCUUGUUGACUACGCUCUGGGUAUCCCUUCACCAAAGUUACAGGUUCCCAACAAGUUUAAACCAACCAGAGAUGAUCGUGGCUGGGUCAUUAACCCCGUAGGCCCCAACCCAUGGUGGACCACCAUCAUCACCUUUAUUCCUGCUCUGUUGUGCACAAUCCUCAUCUUUAUGGACCAACAGAUCACAGCUGUUAUUAUCAACAGGAAGGAACACAAACUGAAGAAAGGCUGUGGCUACCAUCUAGACUUGUUUGUGGUUGGGGUGAUGCUGGGCCUGUGCUCUGUGAUGGGCCUGCCAUGGUUCGUGGCUGCCACUGUGCUUUCUAUCUCUCACGUAAACAGCCUGAAGUUGGAGUCCGAAUGCUCUGCACCUGGAGAGCAGCCUAAAUUCCUUGGCAUCCGAGAGCAGCGCUUUACUGGGCUCAUGAUCUUCACCCUAAUGGGUUGCUCAGUCUUUAUGACCUCUGUGUUGAAGUUUAUCCCCAUGCCUGUCUUGUAUGGAGUUUUUCUCUAUAUGGGGGCAUCCUCACUAAGAGGCAUCCAGUUCUUUGACCGUCUAAAGUUGUUUGGGAUGCCAGCCAAACACCAGCCUGACUUCAUUUACCUCCGCCACGUUCCUCUGAGGAAAGUGCACCUCUUCACCAUCGUCCAACUCAGCUGUUUGGUGCUGCUGUGGGUUAUAAAGACCUCCAAGGCUGCCAUAGUUUUCCCAAUGAUGGUCUUGGCACUCGUCUUCAUCCGUAAGCUCCUAGACUUAAUCUUCACUAAGAGAGAACUGAGCUGGUUGGAUGACUUGAUCCCUGAGUGGAAGAAGAAGAAGCUAGAAGAUGCUGCACAAGAGGAGGACCACAGUAUUAUUGCAGAGGAAGAAGGCAUUGUGCAGGUGCCACUUGAGGAACAUUACAAGAGCGACCCAGCUACAGUGAACAUCACUGAUGAGAUGUCAAAAGGCUCAUUUGGCAAUGUUUGGAAGAGUGUGAACCCUGGGGAAAAGGAUACGACCACUAAAAGUUUGCCCAAGAGUGUUGAGAAGCGCCACAAGCGUCGGCGGCACAACAAGAGCUUGGACCGGGAGACAAGUUUGUGA